UAUAUACGUGUGUACAAUACGAGCUAACCAUAGAAACAUACACAUUAGAGAUUAUACAGCUGAAACUGCCUUUCAGUUUGCGACUAAAGGAUCGACGAAGUUUAUGACGAUUGAAUACGAGAUCUUUCCCAUUUACAUGAUAUAUAGUUAUUAACAAACGCAUAAGUUAGCGCACAAGUACGCACCGGUACAGAAACGAUAAACGUCCAAAAUUACAUAAAAUAAAUAAUAAUAUCGAGUUUAAAUAAAUUGCCCUGAAGCCUAUAGGGAGAUAUGAACGUUGCUGAUGGACCGGGAUUCUCCCGCUACGAGGCCCUAAUGCUCGUGGCGAGACUAUCCUUUGUUACGGCGAUUGGAUUCUUUAGUAUGAAAUGGAUUUUAAAUCAACUUGAUCCUAAUAACAAACAAAAGAGAAAAGCUAAAAAAAAGGCCGAAGAGAAGUUACGUAAGUUGGCUAGGACAGAUGCAGUUGUCUUGACAAAAAGUAUUGAUCUUGAUCAGUUAACCGAUUAUGAAAUGAUGAUUGCCAGUCACUUAAUUAAUCCAAACGAUAUUAGAGUAUCGUGGGACAAUAUCGCUGGUCUGGAAGAUGUGAUUCAGGAACUUCAGGAAACCGUUAUAUUACCUAUUCAAAAGAAGGAAUUAUUCAAAGAUUCCCAGUUAACUCAAGCACCAAAGGGUGUCCUACUUCAUGGACCACCUGGAUGUGGGAAAACUAUGAUUGCCAAAGCUACGGCCAAAGAAGCUAAAACUUGUUUCAUAAAUCUAGAUCUCAGUAUAUUAACGGAUAAAUGGUAUGGAGAAAGUCAAAAACUCACUUCCGCCGUAUUUUCCUUAGCAGUUAAACUUCAACCUUGUAUUAUAUUCAUUGAUGAAAUUGAUUCAUUUUUGAGAGCGCGCAACUCGCAUGAUCACGAAGUAACGGCUAUGAUGAAAGCACAGUUUAUGUCUUUGUGGGAUGGUUUGAUUACCGAUCCAUCUUGUACAGUUAUUGUUAUGGGAGCAACAAAUAGACCGCACGAUUUGGAUAGAGCAAUUAUUAGACGAAUGCCUGCUACGUUUCAUGUUGGCUUACCCAAUGAACAACAACGAAUUCAAAUUCUAACUCUAAUAUUGGUAAAUGAGCCAAUAGCGAAUAACAUUAACAUUGCUCGAUUAUCGAAAAUGGCCGAUGGUUUUUCGGGUUCAGAUUUACAAGAACUUUGUCGAAAUGCAUCGGUAUAUCGUGUUAGAGACUAUAUGAAAAAUUCAAAGUAAGUUUUUCAUCCCACAUGUUCUGGGUUAAACGAUGAGGAAAUAUACCAUGACGCUGUGCGUCCAAUAAACAUGGACGAUUUAGUGACCUCUUUAAGCAAAAUGAAAGCCUCAAAAAUGCACACAGGUAGCUUAAAUAUAUCUAAGCUACAGUUUGAAUAAAAUAAUUUAAAAACUAUUAUGUUUGAAAAAAGUGUUGUUUGACAUUCUUUUACUGAAUCGGCAUUUAAUCUAUUCGAAAAACAUA